UAUUUGCGUUUCAGUCUAAGUUUCAGUUGCAAGCGAACUUUUUGGAGUCGACAUCGAGCUCAGGUGCUAUCCACAGCCAUGGCAUCUAUAUUUCUCAGAUUGGCAACAAUCUGCACUAAGAUGUCCAACUAUAUCAAAACAAACUCACCCUUUGUGAUUGAGGCGCUGAUGGUAACAAUCUGCUUUGGUGCCAUAAUAAGCAGAUAUAUAAUAAUUACCUAGGUGAACGACACAUACUAUA